ACAUACAAAUCUAUAAUUUUAGUGUAUCUGCAUGUGUCUUUGCAUGUUUUAUUGAAUUAAUUCUAUUUGGUGCCUAUAUCCUUAUAUUCUUGGUACGAAUGCUUGACAACACUGUCGUGGGUCACAACAUACGUCUUACAUACAACUCGUUUUUAAGUGUCAUUCAUGUAAAAUCCAAUGACACACUUUGGCAACAUAGAAAUUGACGAUGUGUGUCAAACACCUACCCGCAUUUGGAAACCUCGAUAAAUAAGGGCUCAUCUGAUGUUUAAUUAUACAUGAACCUGGGCACUUAAAGCAAAAGGGUUCGCGAGUGCCUUGCCGGCCUUUUAAGAUUUGGAAGAAUGACUUAUGAGACAUUUGCUUAAAUUGAUUAUUUGAUUUACUAUGCCUACCAUUUCUCAGCGAUAAGUUGCGUUGUCAUUAUAGAUAAGUAUCGACAAUGUUCACUAAAGGAAAACCACACAACAAUUCAUGCCAACUUACAUUAUGGGUAUGUUCCGAUAUACACUGCGAGUACUGUAUAGUGCUCCCACUGUUCAAAAAUUCGUUCCGCUAUGACUGCCAGUAUACAGCCGCAGCGUCCUAGGCAAAUAUAUGACGUCACAAAUCCCCGCUAUACUUCCACUGCGAGCACUGGCGUUUUCGAGGUAAGGUACUCGCAGUGCUUUGAUCACGUGAUCUAUCAAAACCACUUGAAUGCCUAACGGCUGAUAUCACUUACAGUUUAAUAACAAACAUUUAAAAUUCUAAUUAAAGAAUUAGCUUUGACUAAUUAAUGAAACAAUGGAAAACUUACGAAAAUUGAGUUUAUUAGACUGUGUAAGUAAUACUCUGUACGAGUUGAAAGUGACGCAGGAAAUUUUCGACCGUGCUAGAGAAGAUACGAUGUUUGUUACUCAACUGUUGGAGCAUUGUAAAUUUAAAGAAUGUUAUGUUUUUGAUGGCCCUAUUGAGGCUUAUAAUUUGGAAGAAACUGAAAAGGAAAGUCAAUCUACAUCAGAUGCCGGUACGUUGGAAGCUGAGACCCCUUCAACAUCAUUCAAGUCUUUUAAGGCAAAUUCAAUGCCAGAAAAGUCUUUCGACAAACCAUCGAUGGCUAAAAAGGCAUCAGAUCAAAAAAAAAUUAAAAAAAGUACUGAUAUAAAGAAUUGGAGCAAAAAUGAGGUUUUACUUCUUAUUGCGGCUUAUAAAGAACAUCAACUUGAAUUCCUGGACGUAAAUGUUAACAAUGAUGAAGUUUGGAAAAAAGUUGCGAAUGACGUCAACGAAACCCUUAGUGUGCAGGACUUGCCGCCCAUUGCUAAUGAGAAAUUCAAGACUAAAUGGGAAACGCUCAAACGUCAUUACAAAGGUUUAAAAGAUAGCAACAAAAAAUCGGGGAACUCCUCAAUAACAUGGGCUUUCUAUGAUGAAAUGGAAGAAGUAUUUGGUGAGCAACCAUGGGUUAAACCUCUUUCUACUGCCGGAUCAAAUUCUACCAAUAAAAUGGAUCCUGAAAUUAUCAGCCCACCACGAAAGCGGCAGAAAACUUUAACAAGCUACUGUGAAGAAUUACUUGCAGCUAAAAAAGAAAAUAGUGAAACUCGAAAACAACAUCAUCGUGAGAAAAUCGCAUCUAUAGCUCAAUUAUCUUGUGCUCUCAAUAAGCUUGUAGAACACAUAACAAAAGGACAAGGAGACUUAUGAUUUUUUGAUGCACAGAGUUAUUUUUUUCAUAUUCUAAUUUUAAUAUGCCUUAGAAAAGGUCAAAGACUAUACUUACUAUUUUUUACGUAUAAAAAAUAUAUGCUAUGAAAUAGUAUAGUUUAAAAAAAUAAGUCUAGUACCUUGAAGAAAAAUUUUUUGUCAUAAAAGUUUCAAGUAUUAAUUUAAUUUUAAAUUUAAUCAUAAGUCUUUUAUUGUUUGUUACACUGAUAAAAAAUUUAACUUGGCUUAAGAGGAAGAAUCUUGAACCAAGAACACCAUUUUGAAGAAAAAAAAAUUUUUGAGUCAAGAGGAAAAAUUCUUGAGUCAAGAUAUAAUUCUUGGUUCAAGAAAAUUUUCUUGAUUUAAAAAUUUUUCUUUUUAACUCAAGAAUUUCAUUUUCUUCAAAAUGGUGUUCUUGGUUCAAAAGAAAUUUUUUAUCAGUGUAUAAAGAUACAUUUAUGUCGAUGUUAAGGUUAAUA